CUCGGAGAGAGGCACGCGAGUAGGAAGGCGGUGGGGAUGCACCGGGAGUACGCUACGGUUGAGUUUCGGAGUGGCACAGCCGCGCGCCUCUCAUCUCUGGCGACUUCCAGUUUUUGCACCGCAGAUAUGUACGGAUACUGGCACCGCGCACAAUUGAGCUAGGACGCGCCUUUCAAACGUUUUACAUUUUUUUUUAGUUUUAGUUCAUUCCUUUUGUUCCUUUUUUCUUCAUCGUAUGUUGGACGUCUUUUGUGACAUUUUAUUCUCCGUGGAUGGUUUUCUUUACAUCAUGCGAAGAUUACCGGGCUGUAGUCUAGUCAUCGUCGGUGGUGAGUGGUAGUAGUUUUUCGUUUUUUGGCCAAUAUGUCCCGUUGGAGUACCAUGGUUCGCAUCGGCGAGGCUUAUGGAAUAUAGCCCGGUGUGCCACCAUCUGUAUGCGUUGUCAGCGAGCCCCGUGAAGAAGAAGCUAGCAGCGCUGGGCGUGAUGUUCUUGCUGUGGGUCUACAUGCUCUACUCCUGCGUGGGGUACUGCUCCACCGUGCCCAGCAGCCUGGUGGUGGUGGACAGCUACCGACUCAGGGAGCCGGACUACGCCGGGGGAAGGAGGACAGAGGGCGGCAGCAGGGCAGCAGGAGUCGGACCCGGAGCAGGAGUGGACCUCAUGUCCAAGCUCCUGGCGCGGCCACCACAACAGGGCUGGGUGGACCUGGAGUCGGACUACGAUGAACCGACCUCCUCGUCUAACCUCCGGACCGGGUCCAGAGACUUAUCCGCCAACGAGGUGGUGGACGUUAGGGAGCGAGGAGAGGGAGAGUGGGGAGAGGAGGAAGCGAGAAGGACAGGAGGAGCAGGAGGAGAGAACCAGCAGCCGCAGAGAACUGUACCGGAGCCGAGCGCGCUGUCAAGUUUCUCCAACGGCUCGGGCAGCAAGAAGCUGCCGCAGGCGAUCAUCAUCGGCGUGAAGAAGGGUGGCACGCGCGCGCUGUUGGAGUUCCUUCGCGUGCAUCCCGACAUCAGGGCCGUGGGAGCGGAGCCGCACUUCUUCGACCGCAACUACGACAACGGACUGGAGUGGUACAGGGACCUGAUGCCCAAGACCCUGGAGGGCCAGAUCACCAUGGAGAAGACCCCCAGUUACUUUGUGACGCGCGAGGCUCCGGCCCGCAUCAGCGCCAUGUCUCGCCACACCAAGCUGAUCGUGGUGGUGCGCGACCCGGUGACGCGGGCCAUCUCGGACUACACGCAGACGCUGUCCAAGAAGCCCGACAUCCCCUCCUUCGAGAGCCUGACCUUCAAGAACCGCAGCACGGGCCUGAUCGACACGUCCUGGAGCGCCAUCCAGAUCGGCAUCUACGCCAAGCACCUGGACAACUGGCUGCAGCACUUCCCCAUGGGCCAGAUCCUGUUUGUGAGCGGCGAGCGGCUGGUCAGCGACCCGGCGGGAGAGCUGGGCCGCGUGCAGGACUUCUUGGGGCUGCAGCGCAUCGUGACGGACAAGCACUUCUACUUCAACAAGACCAAGGGCUUCCCCUGCCUCAAGAAGCCGGAGGGCAGCAGCAAGCCACACUGCCUGGGCAAGACCAAAGGCCGCACGCACCCCGACAUCCACCCCGAGGUGGUGCAGAGGCUGCGGGACUUCUACCGGCCCUUCAACAUGAAGUUCUACCAGAUGACGGGACACAAUUUUGGCUGGGAUUGAAAAUGAUAAUAAGUGAAAAAACAGAAAAAAACAAACAAAUUCAAAAAAAGAGGAACUUGCUCUCUUUUUUAAGUGUUUAUUUUUUUGGCUUUUUUUGUUUCGUUUUUGGUUGUUUUUUUUUUUUCUUCUGUCUUUGAAUGGCAAAAAAAAGGUCACGAAGAUAUUGCUAUAUAUAUGUAAAAUGUACAGAAAUCUAUUUUAUAAUAAUUUAUUUUUAAUUUGUAAGCAAUUAAUACACUAAGCUGCCUAACCAUAACAUAUAUGUGUACCACCUGCUCUCCCGCGCACACUCACCGCAUCAUCAUGACGUUUAUUUUAUUUUAUUUUAUUUUAUUUUAUUUUUAAACAUUCCACCUUUUUUGGUUACUAACUUCUUUAAUCAGUCAAUUGCAAUUCGGUGAACAGUACAUUUGGAGUAUAUGUUGCUUCUAAACAAAGAAUACAGAAAUCCUAACACAGCUGGAAUAGAGAGCGAGAGAGAGAGAGAGAGACAGAGAGAGACAGAGAGAAAGAAAAAAUGGGACAUUAUGUUACGUGUACAGUUUCUCCAGAACACAUAGUGUCAACAACAGUUCAAUGCUCACACACUUGUCUCACACACACACACACACACACACACACACACACACACACACACACACACACACACACACACACACACACACACACACACACACACACACACACACACACACACACACACACACACACAGUCACACCUCAUCUGACCCCAACUCGAGUAUACUUUAGUUACGUGCAGAUCUAUGAGAUAACAUCACACAUUUCUGCUGCCUAUAUAUGUGUGUGUGUAGGUUUAGCCCCUUGGUGUUAUAUAAUCGCCAUGGAUCCCACCGCUACUAGGGGCUGUCUGAUCACUUUUGACCGUCAUCACAUCA